UGGACUUUGCUUUGUAGUCUGGUUUGUAUUCCAAAGUGCAGGUGGGAUUCGCAGUCUGUGUUAUAAACCGUGUCUUCGUGCCAAACUCGACACUUGGAGGGAAAACACACACCAGCCAGGUUGCCAAAUGUCUUGGGAGAUCUCCGACUUCAUUUCGCAUCCCUUAUGGAUGGUCUGCGCGCUCGUGCUGGCCGCGGUGGCGCGAGCGCAGCGCAGAGGCUCGUGGGACCCGCGCGCUUGUCCCGUUCGGCUCACGGGGAAAACAGCUAUCGUCACCGGAGCUAACACAGGGAUAGGAAAGUUUAUUGCCUUGGACUUUGCUUGUCGUGGGGCAAGGGUGAUCCUGGCAUGUAGGAGUGAGACUCGUGGGAUGGCAGCACUGAGAGAGAUUCGUCAGCGCAGUGGCAAUCAGAACGUGCACCUGCGAAUCAUCGACACCUCCUCCCUCGAAUCAGUCCGCAAGUUUGCCGCUCAGAUCCUUGCGGAGGAGAAAGAGCUUCAUAUCCUUGUCAAUAAUGCUGGGGCUUCAGGUCUACCCAAGGGAAUCACGGCUGAUGGACUGGAAGUGUCCUUCGCCACCAACCACAUCGGGCCCUUCCUACUCACCAGUCUGCUUCUAGACCUCUUGAAGAAGUCGGCUCCAGCUCGCAUCGUGAACGUCUCCUCAGCUAACCACAAGAGAGGCCAGGUGGACUUCUCGCAUUUCCAUGGCAAGAAUUUGACCUACACGAUGGACGCCGUGUACAACCACACAAAGCUCCACAAUAUCAUCUGGACCAAUGAGCUGGCACGCAGGCUACAGGGAACAGGUGUGACAGCAAACUCGCUACACCCAGGUGUUGUUAUGACUGAAGUUAUGAGACACUAUAACUGGAUUAUUCGCUUUAUCUUCAACAUAGUGGGAAUGUUCUUCUUCAAGUCUGCUCAAGAAGGUGCAGUUAGUACAAUAUACUGUGCGGUGGCGGAGGAGACCGAGGGGAUCUCUGGAAAAUAUUUCGACAGUGACUGCUCCCUUGUCCUCCCAGCUGCAGAGGCUCGAGAACAAGCCAUUGGAGCCAAAGAAUUUGAGUACUGUGAGAGGCUGACAUCUAAGGGCUGAACAGCUGGAUAAACAUUACACCCAGUUCCAUACAUUACACAGUAUAGUAUUGUAAAUUAGUACUUUGUAAAUACACUUCAACUAAAAAUUACCUUCCCUUUUGUAUGAAUUGUCUUUCUUUUUCAUUUCUUGUUUAAUGCCAAAGAUUUGUGAAGUAACUGCAAAUAAAUUACAACCAGAGCCUAUCUUCAGAACACUGGCCAUGAUGUGCUAAUUCAUCAAUACACCUAUUGGCAUGGUCUUGAAUAUGGGGAGAACAUGUGACACUCCAGAUAGACAGUAACCCAAGCUCAGGAUCAAACCGUGAAUGCUAUCUAAUGUGCCACCAUGCCUCCCAUUUUUUUUCUCUUUAUUAAAAAUCUAUUCUUAAUGUUA